UAUUUUUGAGUUGCUCAGAAGCUUCAAUUGAUUGCUUGAGACUAACCAGAGGAAUUAUCGAUAGAGAAAACGUUCAGUAUUUUCCUGAUUUAUUUGUUUAGCACUUGUAUUUAUACACCCCGUGUGUUCAUACAAUAAAUAAAAGUUCACAAUGCUGAUCAAAGUUAAGACCCUGACUGGCAAAGAAAUUGAAAUUGACAUAGAACCAACAGACAAGGUGGAGAGAAUAAAAGAGAGAGUGGAAGAAAAGGAGGGGAUUCCACCUCAGCAACAGAGACUAAUCUAUAGUGGAAAACAGAUGAACGAUGAGAAAACAGCAGCAGAUUAUAAAAUCCAGGGUGGCUCUGUACUGCAUCUGGUCCUUGCUCUAAGAGGUGGCAGAGUGCACCAACACCCCGGCACCCUUUUGCAAGCCUUAUAAUCACCUACCCUACCUUCAUCAACACAGAUGCCCAGCUAUCCUCGACAAACACGCCUCUCAAACUCUCCUAAAUGAUCACCUGACUCCAGCUCCAUAUUGGCAACUCUACUGCUGGCUGGUUUAAUGAAGUCCUACUUCUGCAUCUUUCUCUUAGAAUCCCUUCACAUAAUUUAUCGUUACUGAGCACGUUAUUCAUGCUUGGUUUGUUAUGUUUACGGUCUGAUUCCAAAAAUCAUUGUAAGGUUAUACUGAUGCAAUAGAAUUGUCAAUAAAACACAGUAUUGACA